UUUCCCUCAAUUCCGUUUCUCCUUAGAACGUAGCGGAACUGUCUCGCACCCUCUCGUUUUCACAUUUUCCUAUUUUAUGCUCUCAUCCUCCGCCGUGCCUUCCGCCGUCGGCUUCCUUCACCACCGCUAUCAAUGGAGACCCACCGGCGAUCUUCGAUUAAUUCCGUUCGGUCUCACAAGCCGGCAAGGCCAAUUGCUUUGGAAGAUGAUUCCACCAAAGCUUCUGACGCAUUGCCACUUCCUUUGUAUUUAACGAAUGCUGUGUUCUUCACUCUCUUUUUCUCGGCUGUUUAUUUCCUUCUUUGCCGUUGGCGGGAAAAGAUCCGAUCCUCUACGCCUCUCCAUGUCGUCACCUUUUCCGAGAUCGUUGCGAUUCUUGCUUCCGUUGCGUCGUUUAUUUACCUUUUGGGGUUCUUUGGUAUCGAUUUCGUUCAAUCUUUGGUUCUCCGGCCAUCGGCUGACGUUUGGGCUACUGAAGAUGAUGAAGUGGAAAGUGAAGUUUUGCUUCGUAAUGAAGAUGCUCGUCACGUUCCUUGUGGACAAGCACUUGAUCGGUCGAUUCGAUCUUUGCAACCUCCGGCACCUAUUGUAACUGCUGAGAAAGUGUUCGAUGAAAUGCCCGUGACAGUUAUGACUGAGGAAGACGAAGAAAUAAUUAGAUCCGUUGUUUGUGGAAUGACUCCUUCAUAUUCUUUGGAAUCUAAAUUAGGUGAUUGCAAGAGAGCAGCUGCGAUCAGGCGUGAGGCUUUGCAGAGAAUAACAGGGAAGUCAUUAUCAGGAUUGCCCUUGGAUGGUUUUGAUUACGAGUCGAUAUUGGGACAGUGUUGUGAGAUGCCGGUUGGUUACGUGCAGAUUCCCGUGGGCAUUGCUGGGCCUUUGUUGCUUAAUGGAAGAGAAUACUCGGUUCCCAUGGCAACCACCGAAGGAUGCUUGGUAGCUAGCACUAAUAGAGGCUGUAAGGCUAUUCAUUUGUCUGGUGGAGCUACAAGUGUUCUAUUGAGAGAUGGGAUGACUAGAGCUCCUGUUGUGAGGUUCGGUACCGCAAAAAGGGCGGCUGAUCUGAAGUUGUAUUUGGAAGAUCCUGAAAAUUUCGAGACCUUGGCUUGUGUUUUUAACAGAUCAAGCAGGUUUGCUAGGCUUCAAAGCAUCAAAUGUGCAAUUGCAGGGAAGAAUCUGUAUUUAAGAUUCUCAUGCUUUACUGGUGAUGCUAUGGGGAUGAACAUGGUUUCCAAGGGAGUUCAAAACGUUUUAGAUUUCCUUCAAACCGAUUUCCCUGACAUGGAUGUCAUUGGCAUCUCCGGAAACUUCUGUUCCGACAAAAAGCCAGCUGCAGUAAAUUGGAUUGAAGGCCGAGGCAAAUCUGUCGUCUGUGAGGCCAUCAUUAAUGGUGAUGUAGUGACGAAGGUCUUGAAGACAAGUGUAGAAUCUCUCGUGGAGCUUAACAUGCUUAAGAACCUUACUGGUUCUGCCAUGGCUGGAGCUCUGGGUGGAUUUAAUGCUCAUGCCAGUAACAUUGUCACUGCUGUCUAUAUAGCCACUGGCCAAGAUCCUGCCCAAAAUGUCGAGAGCUCUCAUUGCAUCACCAUGAUGGAAGCUGUUAAUGGCGGCAAGGACCUUCAUGUCUCUGUCACAAUGCCUUCCAUUGAGGUUGGCACUGUUGGUGGUGGAACUCAGCUUGCAUCACAAUCAGCUUGUUUGAACCUUCUUGGUGUCAAGGGUGCAAGCAAAGAAUCCCCUGGAGCAAACUCAAUACUCCUUGCGACUAUCGUAGCCGGUGCUGUCCUUGCCGGCGAGCUGUCACUGAUGUCAGCACUUGCUGCCGGGCAACUAGUGAAAAGCCAUAUGAAGUACAAUAGGUCUAGCAAGGAUGUUUCCAAGGUUUCUUCCUAAAUUUGAUGAAAAAAAUGACCUUGGUGUCUGUCAAAGCCUGAAAAAUUUGGUGUAAAGUUGGAAGCUGAAAGAGAGACAUCAUCAUCUCUUAGUAAUAAGCUAAGUAGACUUGCAUGUAUUUGUAAUUUACUUCUAUUUAUUUUUGUAUUUUGUUUUUGUUUUGUUUUUUAAAUUUUUCUUAAGUAAGUCAAUGUAAUCUGAGGUCUUAGAUUUGUGUAAAAUGACAGGAUUGUUAUUAGCAUUUUCUUUCUUUUGGUUUCUCUUGGUUGAGAAAUGAGUUAAUUGCACACAUCCCUAAAUUAUGAACUUCA